AGUGGGAAAAUAUCAGUUAGUGGUAUCCGACGGUGGGAAUCAGUUGUGUGUUUAGAACGCGAUUUUUUAUUCUCAAAAAAAUUUAUAUAAAAUCUAUAAAUAGAUCUUGUGGAAACGAGUGAAAAGACCACCACGCACUUUCAUAAAACUUUCAAUUCGAUUUUCUUUUUUUUCGGGGUGGAAAAUUGAGUCAAGUGUCGAAGGGAAAGGCGGCAAUUUUAUCAGUUUUUUCCACCACUGAUAAUAAAGACCAAAAUAUCCAGUGCGCAAGUACCAAUUUCUUCCCACCUUCACCCAUCGUUAAAGUAUAGAAAACCAUCUACCCAGUGACUAUUUAUAAGUGACCAAAAUGCGUGCUAAGACAUUUUCUUGUCUCUGGAAACCUUAGAAAGAAAAAGUUCAGGGUGUUUUUCCCUCCAUUUCAAAGACGAAAAAAACGCACAGAGAUAUUUUUAGUUGUUUCCACUUGAACUUCCACUCUCGAGAGCUUCCCGGAAAAAAAAGACAUGGGACUCCUAAAGCGCCUCAAAAAGACCCCCACAGAAACACAAACUGGUCAGACGACCAAGAAGAAAUCCAGGCGAAAGUCAUUCUUCUCUCUAAUCUCUCCCAGUGACGUCACCGAAGGAUCACUUCAGGUGUGGGCGGGAUUGCCGCCAAAAAUCAGGCAGGAUCCCAGCUUGGCCUCCUUUCAGCUUGAGCACAAUCGACUUCAUGGUGAAUCCCAUGAUGAGCAGUUCUGCGGGACGAGUGAGGAGGGCGAUCGUCCGGCAAAUGAGGAAAUCGCCCUGGAAGAACAUGAGGAUGCUGAAGAAUCUUCAGACCAUUCGGAAUUUAUCACAAUUAAGGUACCCAAUUCAGCUAACCAGGAACCGCACAAACCCGAUGAUCACGAAAUCAGCACUCAUCCAAAUCCUUCCCAUAACACUCCAGAGUCUCAUCAUACCCCUGAAUCCCACCAUUCGUCUCACAAUUUGCCCUUGAAUGCCCAUUACUAUCUCCAUCAUGAUGAUCACAUGGGUCUCAAGGAAGAUCCCUUGUAUCAGAAGUAUCUCAAAUCAGGCUUCUUGAUCAUCUGCUGGUUCACCUUUGCUGUGAUUUUGAUGAUGAAAAAAGAGAAGGUACUCACCACAAAGACCCUUGCAGUCCCUUUUAAUGAUUUCAAAGGAUAUGAGAUUAGACCAAUGCCUGAGAAUCAUGUAUUGAUCUCUUUGGAUGGAGCCUUUCUUCCCAAAGAGUACACCAAUGAAACUGUUGAAUUUCUCUCAGUGGCCCUUCAACUGGUGACCUUUGCCACUGAUUCUAAUGACACUAUCAGUGUAGGAGAGGCUCAGUUGUUGGAGAACAUUGGGGAUGUCUGGAAUAUCCCAAUUGUCAGCGCUGAUGAAUUGGACAAGGCCCCUAUUAUUACCAAGAAGCAUCAGUUCAGCAUCGUUUCCGAACACAUUGCUUACGAUAAUCCGGAUCUGGGCGUAAGGCUAAAGAUGUGGACCAAUAAAAUAUCCCAGGACUUUGCUGUAAAGCUCACUUACGACGUGGAACCGAUGAAUGUGGAAGUAGGGGUCAUCUACGCCGCUCUAAUAAUGGUUUUGUUGUAUGUCUUGAUCAUCUGGGAGAUUGUUCAUCGAACCUUUGCCACUGUGAUCAUGUCCACUCUGGCAGUAGCAAUCCUAGCUGGUCUAGAUGAUCGUCCGCGUUUUGUAGAGAUCAUUCAGUGGCUGGAUAUCGAGACGAUGAUGCUCCUCUUCUCAAUGAUGAUCUUCGUGGCUGUUCUAACUGAAACCGGAGUAUUUGACUUCAUAGCGGUGUACACGUUCAAAGGAACAGGCGGUAGAAUAUGGCCUUUGAUUCAUGGACUCUGUGCAAUAACGGUUCUCGUGUCAUCAUUCCUGGACAACGUCACAACACUCCUACUUCUGGCUCCAAUCAGUAUCAAACUAUGUGAAGUGGUUGAGCUUAAUCCUGUUCCGAUUCUCAUGGCCAUUAUCGUUCAUGCCAACAUCGGAGGUACUUUGACUCCUAUUGGUGAUCCUCCCAACAUCCUAAUCACAUCCAAUCACUAUAUUGCCAAGCACGGUGUUACCUUCCUAUCUUUCACCCUCCACAUGGCAGUUGGUGUCAUAAUCGUGGGCAUCCAGACAAUGAUUCAAUUGAGAUUCAAGUACAGAAAUGUUUCGGAUUUGAGGUUGAAGAUCCCUACGCAGAUUCAAGAUCUAAGACGAGAGAUAGCAGUAUGGAAGAGAGCAGCUGCAUCUCUAUCAUCCUACUCCAAAGAUGCCGAUCUUGUUCGAGAAACUCUUCAGAAGAAAGUGAAGAUUCUGCAGCAUCAGCUGAAGAAGAAAUCCAUGACCGGUGUUGUUGAAACAGCACUGUAUAAAUCUACCCUUGAAGAACUCCAGAAAGCCUAUCCUAUCAAAAACAAAGCACUACUUAUUAAGACCGGAAUAGCAUUACUCUUCACCAUUGCUCUCUUCUUCGUCCAGUCCAUUCCUAAUCUUCAACGACUAACUUUAGCCUGGUCAGCUCUACUAGGAAUGAUGCUGCUCUUAGUUAUCACAUCCAAGGACGAUCCUGAAGCUUUUGAAUCCAUUGUUUCUCGAAUUGAUUGGGCUGUGCUGUUGUUCUUCGGAGCCAUGUCUUGCAUCAUUGAAGCUGUGACGAGACUGGGCUUCAUUCAUUGGAUUGGCAAGCAGACAGAAGCAGUGAUCAUGUCCUGUUCAGAAGAGUCUAGGUUAGCAGUAGCCAUUAUCAUUAUCCUCUGGGUCUCAGCCAUUACGUCGGCCUUUGUCGACAGCAUUCCAGUAACAACAAUGAUGAUUCGUGUUGUUGUAUCCUUAGCUGAGAAUCCGGCUCUUGGACUGCCUCUGCAACCCUUAGUUUGGGCCCUGGCUUUUGGACCUUGUCUCGGUGCAAAUGGAACCCUUGUAGGGGCUUCUGGAAAUGUCUGUGCUGCCGGAAUAGCUGAGCAUCAUGGCUACAAAAUAUCCUUCAUUGACUACUUCAAAUUUGGAUUCCCGCUGAUGUUAGGCAGUGUGAUCGUCACAACUUGUUACUUAAUGGUGUCCCAUGUACUUUUUACCUGGCACUAGAUCCACCACCAUCAAGGUUUUUCUGAUGAACUUUAGUUUUUAGUUUUAGAAAUUUGUGUGCCUCUUUAGAAAAUAUCUUGACUUGUAUUUAGAGAUGGUACAUCCAAUAAAAUUGUGUGUUUAUUCCACAA